UUUAAUUAAAAGCCAUAUUCUCAUUUAUUAUAAGAUUAAUAAUUAUAACUUAACCUCUACAUGUGUUUUUAAUCGCUAAGGUCGUUAAAUAACAAUGAAACAUUUACGAUACUUUUAUAAAACUUGUAAUUUACUAUCAAAAAAUCCCCUUAGUUUAUAUAGAAAUAGUUUACGAACAUGUUCAACAAAUUCUAAUGAUACCCCAAAGAAACUACCACUCGAAGGACCCAAUUUAAAUGAUUUUAUACAAGGAUUAUCACAACAAUAUACACAAAAAUCUGUGAAAAAAUCGGAUCGAAUACCAUAUUUAAAGUCAACACAUAAAUAUGGGAAUAAUCGUAAAGUUUAUUUUGAUAUAUACGGAUGCCAAAUGAAUGUUAACGACACGGAAGUAAUAUGGUCCAUUUUAAAAAAGAAUAAUUUUAUAAAAACGAAUGAAAUGGAAGAUGCGGAUGUAAUAUUAGUUGUUACGUGUGCGAUUCGAGAUGGUGCUGAGAAGAAAAUUUGGAAUAAAUUACAAUAUUUGAAAGGUUUAAAGAAUGUUCGAGCCAAGAAUAAAAGUCGAUACGAAUUAAAGAUUGGGGUACUGGGUUGUAUGGCUGAACGAUUGAAGCAUCAACUUAUUGAAAAAGAAAAGGCUGUCGAUAUUGUUGCAGGUCCUGAUAGUUAUAGAGAUUUACCUCGAUUGUUGGCUUUAACGGAUAAUAAUCAAACUGCUGUUAAUGUUUUAUUGUCCAUGGAUGAAACUUAUGCGGAUAUUGUUCCGGUUCGUCUUAAUGAAAAUUCAAUCUCUGCCUUUGUAUCAAUAAUGCGUGGAUGCGAUAAUAUGUGCACUUAUUGUAUCGUACCAUUUACUCGAGGUCGAGAAAGAUCCCGACCAACUACUUCAAUCGUCGAAGAAGUUAAAUUAUUGUCUCAACAAGGUGUUAAAGAAGUCACGUUAUUAGGUCAAAAUGUAAAUAGUUAUAGAGAUUUAAGUGAUUCGACUAAUAAAUUAAUUGAAACAAAUCUUGCAAAAGGUUUUAAAACUGUUUAUAAAACUAAAAAAGGUGGUCGAAGAUUUGCUGAUUUAUUAGAUCAAAUAUCAUCUAUCGAUCCUGAAAUGAGAAUACGAUUUACAUCACCACAUCCUAAGGAUUUUCCAGAUGAGGUUCUCCACUUAAUACGUGAAAGGCCGAAUAUUUGCAAUAAUUUACAUUUACCAGCACAAUCUGGCAGCAGCGCAGUUUUAGAACGAAUGCGACGUGGUUAUACACGUGAAGCGUAUCUUGAAUUAGUGGAACAUGUACGAAGUAUAAUUCCAAACGUAGCUUUAUCCAGUGAUUUUAUUUGUGGUUUUUGUGGAGAAACCGAUGAAGAAUUUAAUGAGACAUUAUCUUUAAUCGAAACUGUAAAAUAUAAUAUGGCGUUUUUGUUUCCUUAUAGUAUGCGUGAGAAAACAACUGCGUAUCGACGAUAUGAAGAUGAUGUUCCACACAACGUUAAAAUGAAACGUUUAGAUCAAAUGAUCAACUUAUAUCGAAAUGAAGUAGCAAAAAUUAAUCAAUCACAAAUUGGACAACAUCAAUUAAUUCUUAUUGAAGGGCAAAGUCGUCGAUCAACUUCACAUUUAGCUGGACGUAAUGAUGCCAAUAUAAAAGUAAUCAUACCAAAUGAAGAAAUACCAAUUCAAAGUUCUGGAAAUAGUAAUUUACUGAAAAAUAUUACAGUUGGGGAUUAUGUAGUAGUCCAAAUAAAUUCAGCAAAUUCACAAGUGUUAAAAGGAAUACCAUUGUAUCAUACGACUUUAACUGAAUAUCAUAGGUUGUUACCAAAUUCAAGUCAUAAUUUAGAGUAUUGUGAAUUUAAGUUGUAA